GUCGUUCCUAUGACAACAAAACCUGAAAUGGCAGCCACAAGUACCGACCAGGCAAAAAUGCCCGCCACCAGUACCGUUCAAGAAAUCAUGCCCGCCACAAGUGCUGUCCAAGAAAAAACGGCCGCCACCAGUACUGUCCAAGAAAAAUUGCCCGCGACAAGUACUGUCCAAGAAAAAAUGGUCGCUACCAGUACCGUCCAAGAAAAAAUGCCCACCGCAACUACCGUCCAAGAAAAAAUGGCCUCUACAAGUACCGUCCAAGAAAAAAUGCCCGCCACCAGUACUGUCCAAGAAAAAUUGCCCGCGACAAGUACUGUCCAAGAAAAAAUGGUCGCUACCAGUACGGACCAACCAAAAAUGCCCACCGCAAGUACUGUCCAAGAAAAAAUGGCCUCUACAAGUACCGUCCAAGAAAAAAUGCCCGCCACCAGUACUGUCCAAGCAGAAAUGACUUCCAAGCUGAUUGCACCAAGUGGAAGCACGAACACAAUUGGUACUACACAAGCUUCGAGUUCAGUUGAAUUUGUCGAUACACGGCCCCCUUGCCGCAGUGCAUCAGGACGCGUGUUCAGUUUGGGUGAUUUUGUCCUUGUAGCGAUUGGAUUGUUGUGCGGAAUGUUUUAACAUCCCCCGAGUGUGUCAGUAUGAAGAUUACUUCAUUUAACUUAAUUUUGCUUGUUAAAGUAGCGCUCUGCAGUUUAUAUAUCAAGAUGAACUGCAGUUUCCAUAAAACAUCGAAACGUCAAAAUUUUACUUGUAUUUUUCAAGUGGUGGAAUUAUCCUUUCUCACGAUGACGAAUAUCCGCCAUUUUUGGGUGGCAUCUAAUUCUCGUUAACCAAUGCAGACAAUUAAAACAAUGUGAAAAGCAAUUUUUCAAGAUAAACUAACCAUUUACAAAGCAAGUUUACCAUCAUUCGUCCAAAAAAUUAUAAAAAGUCGCUGUUAUGUGGACUUAUCUCGCAGACUGCGGCUGAAAAGCCACUCAAAAAUGGCGGCGCGAGAAAGGCUAAUUCCUCUCGAUCGAGAGCUUUGGGUGUAGCGUGCUAUCCCAAAUUCAAUUAUGCUUUCAAUUAUUAAUUGGUGCUCUGUUGUUGUUUACAAAAUAUCUGGAUACUACUAAGAAAUCAGUUGGUUCAGCGCAUAAAACAGAAAUGUAUAUGCGCUAUAGAAAUGUUAUUAUUAUUAUUUUUAAAACAUAUUCAAUUUACAUAAUCAUCGCACAAGUUUCAUUUUCAGUUUUGUCAGUAGUUUGAAACAAUACUCCAAGUUUCAUAACACGGUUGUCGGAGCCUCAUUUUGUAGCAGCUGGCAAAGCCAUAAACACACAAGGCAACAAAUUCACAAGUAAGCCUAUAGAUCUUAAAACGCGGAAAUAAGUAGGGCUAUAUCGGCUAUAUCUUACAAUUCAAUAGCUUUAUACAGAAAAUAUAUAGUGCUAAUUAUAGUGGGGUUAUUCGGUUUAGUCUUCAUUAGCAGUAUCGUUUCCCAGCCGUGUUUAAGUAGAAUUAAUAUUCUGCUUGCCCGGCUCAUACUCGUAUAAAGAUCAAAUAACGCUAAAUAUAUUUACAAUGUACAUUUGUACAAACAUUAAGGGCUAGGCCUAGGAACCUUUAUGAAACCCUAUCAGGCUUUUAUUCAAAGGCCCCCAGUUUAACAAUAUUAUAAAGAAUGAUUAAAGUUUGUCCAAUCUUGUCAAAGACAAAGUAAGGGUAUUUACAAAUAUAGUGAUUCGAAUAUAAAAAUACACAAUUUACAAGUGUUUAUUAUGUGAGAUUACAAAUGAAAGCUUAUUAGGUAUAUUCCAAGAAAAGGAUUUUCAACUUCUUCUUAAAAGUAGACUAUAUAUACUGCUAAUGAAGACUAAACCGAACAACCUCACUAAUAUUAGCACUAUAUAUAUCUCCUGUAGAAAGUUAUUGAAUUGUGAGAUACAGCCCUACUUAUUUCAUAUGCUUAUAAAUUCUUCUAUAGAAGCUAGGCUAUUAUUUGAAAUGCUUCAGUAUAGAUUCUUGUAUACGUAGAAGCCAGACUAUAUAGAGCGUUUACAUGCACUCAUUCCCCUGCAGGGACAAACUGAACAAAAAAACUUUUGAAAUAGUAAUCAUCAUGUGGACAGUUUAUGUUCGUUAUAUAUUGAAAUAUAAUAAAACCUUUAGAGAUUUUAAAUGUUCGUCUAAACCACAGACUUUCAUUUUCUACCGGCUGCUACUAAUUAACUUCCCGACCGGAAAGGCUUUCGCUGGAAAACAUCGAAAUUUUGCUUAAUAUAUUUUUCAGGUAAUUAAAUCUCAUAUCAUGCGCGCCAGCAGUAGAAAGCAUGUUCGUCUAUACAAGGCCCGUUUU